AUGGGACGCUUCGUCGCUGUCCUGUGCGCCCGGCCUGGCAGGGAGGGCUGCUGCGAGCUCUGCGGCCAGUUGGCGGAGUUGCGCACUGCUCAAGCAGGCUGCUUUAAGCCCCGAAGAUCUGAUCUGGGGGUAAACGGGAGCCUCUGCACAGGCGGGCUGCCGUUUUAUGUCGCUUCGUUUAUAAAAUGCACUCUUCCCGAAUUCACAGCCCAGAAGCGGGGAAGGGAGACGGAGACGAUUCUUCUGAGAGUGCGUGUCUUUCUAAGUUUCACAACAGCCUUCGCGAAGCUCUGGCUGCGAUUUUCCAAGCGGAAGCUUGUGCAGGAGAGGAGCGACGAAGACGCGCACUGGACCGGGCUCUGUCCCCAGCGGUCUCCGGCAGUGCAGAGCCGGUGCAGUGUCACUUUGGACAUCAGCAUGAACAACCUCACGCAGCUGCCGGAGGACGCGUUUAAGGACGCCCCGUUCCUGGAGGAGCUACAACUGGCUGGCAACGACAUCUCUUUUAUCCACCCGAGGGCCUUGUCCGGGCUGAAAGAGCUCAAGGUCCUCGCCCUGCAGAACAACCAGCUGAGGACCGUGCCCAGUGAGGCCAUCCGGGGCCUGAGCGCCCUGCAGUCGCUGCGCCUGGAUGCCAACCACAUCGCGGCGGUGCCUGACGGCAGCUUCGAGGGCCUGGCGCAGCUGCGGCACCUGUGGCUGGAUGACAACAGCCUGGCGGAGGUGCCCGUGCAGCCGCUCAGCAGUCUGCCCACCUUGCAGGCGCUCACCCUGGCGCUGAACAAGAUCGUGGACGUCCCCGACUUUGCCUUCACCAACCUGACCAGCCUAGUCGUGCUGCAUCUGCACAACAACAAGAUCAGAAGCCUGAGCCCGCACUGUUUCCACGGCCUAGACAACCUGGAGACCUUGGACUUGAAUUAUAAUAGCUUGGAAGAGUUUCCUGAGGCCAUUAAAGCCCUUCCUAGUCUCAAAGAGCUCGGUUUCCACGGCAACACGAUCUCUGUGAUCCCCGAUGGCGCGUUCAGUGGGAACCCGCUUUUGCGGACCAUACAUCUGUACGACAACCCUCUGUCCUUCGUGGGGAGCUCAGCGUUUCGGAAUCUGUCCGACCUGCACUCCUUGGUCAUCCGCGGCGCCAGCAUGGUGCAGAGCUUCCCCAUCCUGACAGGCACCAUCGGCCUGGAGAGCCUGUGAGUGUCGGGGCGCGGGGUCCCCAGGGCACCCAGGGGCUCCCUGGGAGCGCGGCUCCGGACGCUGGAUCUGUCUUACAACAGUAUAAGAGAUCUUCCGAAUUUUGAUGGCUGCCGUGCCCUGGAGGAAAUUUCAUUGCAGCGUAAUCAAAUCUCCCAAAUAAAAGAAGGCACUUUCCGAGGCCUGGUGUCUCUGCGGAUUCUGGAUCUGAGUAGAAACCGGAUCCAUGAAAUCCACAGCAGUGCCUUUGCGAAGCUUGGAGCCAUCACCAACCUAGAUGUGAGCUUCAACGCCCUAACUUCCUUUCCCACUGAAGGCCUCAACGGGCUCAACCAGCUGAAACUGGUGGGCAACUUGGAACUGAAGGGGGCCCUGUCGGCAAAAGACUUUGUGAAUCUCAGGUCCCUGUCGGUGCCCUAUGCGUAUCAGUGCUGCGCCUUCUGGGGCUGUGAGUCCUUCGCCAGUCUGAGCGCAGACGGUGACCGCAUGCAGGCCCCUGCGGGCAAGGAGCAAGGCGCUGACGCCGGGAACAACUUGACAGGCGGCGCAGAGCGGGAGCGCAGCCAGGUCAUCAUGCACUGUGCGCCGGCCACAGGCGCCUUCAAGCCCUGUGAGUUCCUGCUGGGUAGCUGGAUGAUCCGCCUCACCGUGUGGUUCAUCUUCCUGGUGGCCCUGCUGGCCAACCUGCUGGUCAUCGUGGCGACAUUCGCGUCGGGCGCCUCCCUGCCCCCGUCCAAGCUGCUGCUGGGCCUGCUGGCCGUGUCCAACCUGCUCACGGGCGCGUACACCGGCGUGCUCUCGCUGGUGAAGCCCGCGUGCGGGGAGGAGGAGCUGCUCACCGCCUUGAAAGUUGUCGUUUUGGGGCGCAGCGGGCGAGCCGGGGUCUCCUGUGUAGUCCGGGCUGGCCUUGAACUCUGCUACGCAGCCCACACCGGCCUGGACAUCUCAGGCCACCCCACCCCUGCCUCAGCCUCUGGGAUGACAGGCGUGUGUUGCCACCCCAGCCUAAAAACGAUGUGA